UAAUCGCAAAUCGCAAGCAGUUGCCCGGUUCCUCUCUUUAGUUUUUUCCUUUCCCUCUCUUUUAUCGUUCCUAUUUUAAAUUUAAAUACAGCUGCCGCCGCUGCCGUCAAAACUCACAACCACGGCGCCACCGCUCUCCACUCGCCGGCAGAUCACGGCACCGCUGAUACAAAUUGACAAAAGGCGAAUCCAUCAACAUGGAUAGGAUCAGUUACUUACCGAACACUAUCCUUUGCGACAUUCUCUCGUACCUCCCAACAAAACAAGCUGUAUCCACCAGCAUCCUCUGUCGCAGGUGGCGCCAUGUUUGGAAGGAUCUCCAAGUCCUUAACAUAGAUGAUAUGCACUUUUGGUCCUCUGGGAGAGCCAGCUUUGAUUCUUUUGUCAAUGCUAUUCUAGCUCAGCGCAAUGCAGAUUCGUACCCCAUCGAAAAGUUUCACCUCACUUGCGAAAAAUUUGAAGAGGAUCCCAUCCCAACAUGGCUUAAUGCCGUCAUUGGCCCCCAUCUUCAGGAACUGUAUCUCAGUCUUAAUGUAAUGGUUGGAACCAACAUGCCUAAAGCCAUAUUCACUUGUACAUCACUUAAAUCCCUUAUUUUGAAACGUGAUAUUUCAUUGUAUUAUGGUCCGGAGUUUCCAGAUGUAUAUCUGCCAUCCCUCAAGAACCUAGAGUUGGAUAUCGCCAAUGUGGACAACAAGCUUUUAUCUGGAUGCCCUGUUCUUGAAAAUCUGAAGCUCAUUCUACUUGACAUGACCCCAGAAGGUUGUGUUUAUAUACCUGCAAUUCAGAUGCCUCGGACAUUGAAGAGUUUAACCUUUGAAGAUUACACUAUCAUGUGGGAAGAGAUUAAUCGUGUGAUAGACACACCAUCUCUUGAAUACCUCUAUUUGAAAAUAGUGACCUCGGGGAUUUGUGAGCUACAGGUUUCGGCUAGCUAUUUUCCCAACAUGGUGGAGGCACAUCUUGAUAUUCAGGAAGAAGAGUCACAUCUUGAUAUUCACGGUGAACCUGUUGAACAUGUCUGUUUGGUCCCCAUGCUUCUCCAGGCACUUCGUGAAACAAAGUUGUUGGCAUUGAAACCUUACACAACACGGUGCUUAUUUAGUGCUCCAGCUUUCAAGUUUCCAGAAUUUCACCGAUUGCUCAAUCUAGAGCUUGAUGUUCCAUUUUUCAACACAAACUUCCUGCUAAACUUCCUUCACAGCUGUUAUGUACUUGAAGCUCUCGUAAUUCGUAUUUGUAAGGAAGUCUAUGUCCGCACCAUGGACUAUAAUGGACCAACACCACCAACCAUGGUUCCCAGUUGUAUGACAUCACAUCUCAAGAGUUUUGAGUUUAGAGAAUAUCAAGAUGCUGCAGAUGAGCGUGAAUUUAUUACAUAUCUUUUAAAAGGAGGAUUUGUUUUGAAGACAGUGACAAUUCAUCUUAAAUCUGAUUUCGACAUAGUGACAAAGUACAAUAUUGUCAAGGGUUUAUCUGUUAUACCUAGGAGCUCUACAAUAUGUCAGUUAAAUUUCGUUGAUUAAAAUCC